AUGUUGCAACCGCCUCGAGAGCCGGCCUCGAGGCCGCUCAGCAUAAGAACAACUGGCACCACCGCGACUCAGGGCGACAAGACUGGAGAAACCUGGAAGAUGAACGUCACCGCCGAAAACUGCUGGGAGGACCUUAUACUUACCCUGGAUGGCGGGGGUAUACGCGGCUAUUCGAGCCUCCUUAUCAUACAACAGUUAAUGCAUGAGAUCGCCGAAUGUGAGCGCCGAAUACAAGAUGAAGAGGGCCCAGUACCUGGCACCGAACGCCGCGAUUUCAAAGAGGACGAGCUACUCCCAUGUCACUACUUCGACUACAUGUACGGCACAAGCACUGGUGGACUCAUCUCUGUUAUGCUUGCUAGGUUGCGCAUGACCGUACCGCAAUGCCUCGAAAUCUAUCGUAAAGUCGGUAAUGAGCUUUUUGGGCAUAGAAGGAACAUUCUACCCCUAGCAACAAAGUACGAUCAUAAACCACUUGAAAAGGCAGUACAAGACAUUGUAAGGCAAUAUUGCAAGGAGCAUGGCAAAUGCACGGGAGACGAUUGGUACCCUUGGCGCUUGGAGGAGGAUCAAGAACAAGCGCCUAUGGAAGCAUCGGGUGUCGGUUCUCUACGAAGUGCAACCACAUGGGGUAGCGGCGCUCCAGCUACCAGUUUCAGGCCAGUGGAACGCAUAUGUCAAUCUAUUUGUCUGACCGCUAUUCAUUCUGGCCAAAUCGAUGAAGCCUAUCUUCUUCGUUCUUAUAACCACCAAUACGACCCAGAGAUCGCCCCGGCAUGGGUUACACCGUACAACACUGGUGCCGACAAGAUGAAAAUCUGGCAGGUGACAAGAGCAACUUCAGCUGCACCAUUUUACUUCGAAAUGCUCACAGCCGAGUUUGCGAAUGGUUUGAAGAAGAAUUUUAAAGAUGGUGGAAUUCGCGAGAACAACCCUUCAUAUGCUGCUUAUAGCGAACACGCCUCACUGAAGGGGGAUGACAAAGAACCAGCACUUCUGCUUUCAAUCGGAACCGGGCGUCCAGAUACAUCCAAUGACGGUUUCGCCGCCGCCUGGCCUGGACCCUUGGGCAAAGUCAAGGUACUUCAAAAGUGGAGCGAAAAGCUGGCAGUUUUCAAGAACCUCUUGAUCAAGUACACCGAAGGUGAAGACCGACACAAGAUGAUGCGCACAAUCGCCAAGGGAGAGCACCGAUGGUACAAGCGUCUGAAUGUGGACAAAGGACUUGAAGGACUACCGCUCGAUCACUGGGUGAAAGGAAAAUGGACGAACCCUCAAACCAACGAAACGAAAGUAGUGAAUGGAGGAAAAACCCUUACAAUCAUGGAGACGGUGACCAGGGCGUACCUUGAAAGAGUAACAAUUGCAAGCCCCGGAAACCUGACCGAAUACCAACCCCCCAGGAUCGUUCUCAGGCAAGUCGCCGAAAGACUAGUGCGCCAUCGAAGACUCAGAGAAGCCACUAAAGGAGAAGAUAUCAAGAGAUGGCAGACACAUAUGGGACAAUGGUUGACAGGCGAGCUUAAACCCGAAGACGCAAAAUUCGAGCGAGUUGUACCAAAGUCAAGAAAAGGCUCUCGAGCCUUUCUCUCUUCAUCACGACCCAUGACGCCUACUGGAAGAUGA